UAUCGAAAAAUACUUUUUGCUUGAAAAAACUCUUGAAAAGUGUCUCUAUAUUUUGACCAGAGUCCAAGAACAAUCCCAGGGAGAUCAGACACUGUGUAGGGUACAGUGUGAUACUCUUUUUGCAGAGGCUGCCCUACUUGCUUUUCCGUCUACAUCAGAGUAGAGGUCCAAACUCCGACAUUCGUCAGCUGAAAUGACUCCUCGUUCUCCAGCCUGAGUAACAGAAGUGAAGCCAAAGCAAGCACAGGAAGGCAAACAGCACACACAAUGUACCAAACAGUAUGAUUUUUGCCUGAAAUAGCUUAGCGUUAAGAAACAAUGGAUUACGAAAGGAUCGAAAAGCCUCAGGGUGGAGGAGGAUUGUCGCCGGGGAAACUGAGAAGUAUGUUGUUGGGAGUGGAAAAGAGGAGAAAGCAACAAGAAGAAGAACUUGAAUCUGCUUACGCCUUCAGAUCUCAACUUAAUCAUCUUGAUGAAACUGGUGGUAGCAGUUCUGAUAAUUGCAAAGAUGUAGAUGUUGUUAGUGUACUUCCCGAAUACUUUACUUCAGCUACAGUUGAUUCCAGGUCGGCAUCACAGAUGGUUGGUGAUGGUGGUAGAUUGAAGGAUCACUCUUUUGCCAAUUCAAGAAUUAGGAGCCAGGAAGUCCAAUCUUUAGAUUACGACAGUGGUCAUGAUACUGCAAUUAUGCCCUACUCGAUUUUUGAUUUUCAGAAGGCUGAGCGGGCCCCACAAAGAGUGCCCCUUGCUCCAUUCUCAAAACCAGCACCAUCGAAAUGGGAUGAUGCCCAGAAGUGGAUUGCAAGCCCCACUUGGAACCUGCCUAAAACAGGGCAGGCUCAGGUGCAAGGUGGACAAGGACUGCGGAAGAUGGGUAAUGUUCUGAGUCGGCAACCUUCUACCAAGGUUGUUGUAGAAGUUCCAGAACAAAAGGUGGUUACAUUUGAAGAACCGGAUACAAAACGGGUUGAUACUAGUCAAGCCAAGAAGGAAACUGGUGUACAAAGACUUAAAAGUUGGGAGGCUGAUUCAUACCCAAUAGCAGAUUCUUAUGGCAAGCCUGUGCUUAUGAUUGAGAAUUCUGUUGGACAAUCAGCUAUCAGUCUCAGCAGGCAUGAUUCAUCUUUGGCCAUACACAGUGCAACUACAUUUAUUCCGCCUCCUUCAACUGCUCGAUCUGUAUCAAUGAGAGAUAUGGGUACGGAAAUGACUCCUAUUGCUAGUCAAGAGCCUUCCAGGACAGGAACUCCAGUGAGAGCAACAACACCAAUUCUUAGUCCAACUUCUUCUAGGCCAUCAACUCCUGGCAGAGCUGCACCGACUUCAUCUCCAUCAAAUCCUCUCAAUGACCAUCAAAAUCCAAACAAGGAAUUGUCUGAAAAGGAGCUACAAAUGAAAACCAGAAGAGAAAUAAUGGUUCUGGGGACGCAGCUAGGUAAAAAGAACAUUGCAGCCUGGGCUAGCAAAGAGGAGGAGGAUAAGGAUGCAUCCACUUCACUGAAAACUAUAGGAGCUGAUCAACAGAGUACAAAUGUGAUUGAAACACGUGCAGCAGCAUGGGAGGAGGCAGAGAAAGCCAAGUACACGGCCAGGUUUAAACGUGAAGAGAUGAAAAUUCAAGCAUGGGAGAAUCAUCAAAAAGCAAAAACAGAAGCCGAGAUGAGGAAAAUUGAGGUUGAGGUUGAAAGGAUAAGGGGCCAGGCUCAAGAUAGGCUUAUGAACAAAUUAGCAGCAGCAAGGCACAAGGCUGAGGAGAAGCGAGCAGCUGCAGAAGCCAAGAGAAACAGGCGAGCUGCAAAAACUGAGCAACAAGCAGAGUAUAUUCGUAGAACUGGUCGUGUGCCUUCCUCAUUUACCUUUUGUGGUUGCUGUGGUUGAAGCCUGAGACACAUUACUAAGUGAGCUAGUCUUCACUUUUCAGAUUUUUUGUUCUAACCCACCAUUUACUUUAUCUUGCAUCCUUUGUGCACAGGAGCCGGUUCUUGAAAACUAAGAUGUUUUUCUACUUUGUAAGAAUUGUAAUGAACUAGUAAAUCUAAAUUGAAGUGUUCCCUGAUUGCUCUACU